ACCUUUCCUGGAACUCACUUGGUAGCCCAGGCUGGCCUCGAACUCACAGAGAUCCGCCUGGCUCUGCCUCCUGAGUGCUGGGAUUAAAGGCGUGCGCCACCACCGCCCGGCCAAAAGGAAAGGUUUUGACUCUAACAUAAUAAAACUAUAAACAACAAGAACAAUUAUCAGGCAAGAAUUACAUUUAUAACGUCCAGUCCAUUUGUAUUCAGAAAAAAAUACUCCAUUAUUUACUCUAUCUUGAUAAGUCAAAAGCUCUGUACCUAAUUUACCUUUUAUUGUAACUAAGGAAAAGUAUAACUAACCAUAUAGUCUUUAACUUCAUCAAGGACUCCAGAAGGAUAUAUUACCUGAGUAAAUAGAAAGUGCAAUACAAGCCAAUUCCAAAACUAUAUAAAUGAUAGAGAUAUCUGGCUGCCUGGACAGUCACCCAAAGUUCCUCUGCAAUGUUGGGGCAUCCAGUCUUUGGCCUACAGGCCUAGAAUAUCUGACACACUUUUCUAUGAAGCAGGAAUUUUGAAGGACUGUCCCAACUUAUCUUGGCAAAGUCCAAUAGUCUUUUUGUGUGUGUGUCCUGCUUGUCCAGUUUGUACAGACAAGACAAAAGCAAUUUCUUGCCCAAAUGACUCGUUUUGCCACACUGAAAGCAAACUCCAUAUGGGGUUUCUUUGAUACCCAUCAUCCUUUUAUGAGGUAGAUUGGUGCUGCCAGGAGCAGACAUGUCUCAUUGUCAUGAAAAGCCCUAUGUUAACAAAACAUUUUAAAUGCCAUAUUCUGUAGGUCUUUGAAGUGUUUGAGACCAUCUAUCUAUCUAAAAAUAUAUCUUUGUGUGACCUUAAAAACAUACCUAACAUGACUAUAAGUUUGAUUGUUAUAGAUUAUUAUCCUAAGUAGCUUUCAAGGACUAAAAUUUUACAUUUUUAAAUGAAGUGCAUAGGUACAAUGUCUUAAACAAGAAUAGAAACGUAUAUACAGUAUAACAAAAAAUAACCUUAAAUUUGUAUCAAUACACAAAAAUCCAUACCAUAUUUGAGACUAGUGGCUAUACAAAAGCAGACUCAACAAUCCAUCUUUUUAUCCCAUCAUUUUUAUACUAUAUCCCCCUUUUUCUCUUCAGAAAGAGAUCCCUGAAUCUAAUCUCUUUUGUUCAGUUUUUUUCUGACCAUGACCAAUAACAAUCUUGUAACCAACCCCCCUAAAUGAUGACAAACAUCUAUAACCCACUGAAUGACCAAAACCCACCCACCCCACUUCUUUGGAAUGUAGACAUGGUGUUCUCUAGACUGCUUCCUGGUGUCUGGGGAUGCUGACAUCUUUACGGGACCCUGAGAAAAUUGAGAUAGUGGUCAAAUCCUGGCUGGAAUAGUCUGUGAGGCUGGACCAUCUCCAUCAGCAGCCUUGAAGCUGCUCUGGAUGCAGAACUCUAAGGAAACCACAACAGAGGCACUCUGAGAGAGAGACUGGAUCACCUGGGCCACCUGUUUUUAUUGGUGUCUGGUCCCCUUGUUCCGAAAACACAUAAACUUUCAAAGGUAACAUGCAUAUCUGCAUUAACACAAGUAUGGAAUGUGCGGUGUGCACAAGUCAGGUGAAAAUGAUUUUUUGUUCUAUGUUUGAGCAGGUAAAAUAUAUGUCACUUGUCUUGUAGGGUUUGGUGUUUUUUUUAGGUUUAUUUCUUUAUGUCUGUAGCCAGGAUUUUCAAGGGAUCUUCUUCGAUCAAACCUGAUCCUGUUUACCUUUGAAGGAAUCCACAGGCUUUUGUUUUGUUUUCUGUGGAAACAAAAGCAUAAUCUCUUCUCCAAUACAACAUUUUUUUUGAAUUCCAUUUUGAAGUUAAGACAUUUUAAAAAUAUAUAGGUUGGUUUAACUUAGCAGUUUCUAUAAUCCAAUGUCUCUCUGCAGCUACCAUUUGUUCAUCAGCAAUCAAAAAAUUCAAAGACAACAUAUGUUAUAUACAAGAUCCAGACUCCCUGUGUAUUUCCCAUCUCUAUUUAGCUUAUCCUUUUUUUACUUUACUCUUUCUUUUAAAACUUUAUUUUAAACUAUUAUUUUUAUGACUGUCUAUACUCUUUUUCUUCUCUUUUCAUUUUAAGCCUAUGCACAUUGUUAAACACACUGUAACCUGUUUAGAAGGUUUUUCCAUCUGAACCUGUUUUACUGCAGAUCUGUGACCUGUUUUAUCUGUAUGAGAAAAACCUUAAACCUACCAUGUGGCUUAGCUCAUGGCACACUGUGGCUCAAGCAUGCAGACAGCUGCUGGGAUACAUGUCUCUGUACUGUGGCCAGCAUGAGAAACACAAGGAAGCCACAUUUGGCUGUUUUGUGUGUUUAAAACCUUUUUCAAGCCUUCUCAGGUUUUAUACGGAUAUAUGUGGCCAGACAUUGGGCAUCAUUUGUAGGAAGAUUUUUCUGUCCCACCAGCCAGAUCUCAAAUAACCAUACAGAAACUUAUUAAUUAUAAAAACUCAGCCAAUAGUUCCUUAACUAGCUCUUAUAACUUAAAUUAACCCAUAUUUUUAUUAAUCUACUUCUACCAUGAGGCUUUUACCUCUAUCCCAUUUUGUGUGUCUGGUUCGUUCUGUGUCUGUCUGGCUUCUCCACCAUUCUUCUUCCCAGCAUUCUCUCUGCCACCAAAAUCCUGCCUAGCAUUUUACUAAACCAAUCACAGUGAUAUAUCUUCACAUAGCGUAAAGGAAUAUUACACAACAUCCCAAGGACAUUCCUAGUACUCAAGGGCAUCCCCCAUAAUGCCUCCAGUAUAUAUCCAGUUCUCUGGGAGCUACCCACACAACGACCCAAGGACAGGCCCAGUAUCCAGGAAACUGCUUUAACACAGCUCCCCAGAGCAAGCCUUUUACCAAAAUGUGUCUCUCAUAAUGCUCAUGGAAGUGUCACUAUCCAGGGGGCCACAAACAGGCUGCUUCCUAAAGUAGGGUCAGUACUCAGGAGGCUUCUGUGCUUACCUCACAGCUGCUCUCAAGCUGGAAACAGUGAGGAUUGGUAACAAUGCUGUUGACCUCACAUGGCUCCUAGGACAGACCCAGUACCAAGAGGGUUAGCCACAUCUGCCUUCAAGGUGAUCCAGUACCUACGGGGUCUGACUCCUUGCUGAAUUCAGGGCAGGUACCUGAUGCUAGGAGUCACUAGAACACUGGACCCCAUGUGAGGCCCGGUAUCCAGAGGAAAGCUGCAAACUGCCCACCAGAAUACAGGCUUAAUACCCAAGAGACUGUCUGCAUGCUGACCUAAGGACAGGUCUAGUACCUCAGGGACUUCACAGAAGCUGACCUUAAUACAGGUUCAAUAUCCAGGCUUGGCCCAGUGAGAAUGCCACCUCUUUCACUGACAAAGAAGACCCAUCAGAAUUCAUGGGGCCCACUAUCCCUGCUUCACUGGAAUCUUCCUAUAUCCUCCAUCUCAACUUACAGGAUCCCAUUCUUUUGAAAUUCUCAUUUCAAAAGCUUCCUGCAAGGCUAGAACUUCUAUCCAGACAACUGGAGAAUAAGAUUCUGCAUUUGGUUUUCAGCAAUCUUAGCUUUGCAGCUACAGGAGACACCGUUCUCCUCUAGGUCUCCACAGAAGCUUUCUGGUCCUUUAUGCAGCACAUGAUCUGGGAAUUCAGAUCCCUGAAUUUGUCCUUUUACUACAUCACACUGUCCAGCAAUGUAAGGAUCAAGCGGCCAACCUUGCUUGAUCUACUGCCAGCUCCCUCCUAGACCACUGAUGCUCUGGUUACUACUGGAAAUACAACAGCCCUCUCCUGUCUUUGGGGCCUAUGUUCUGACAUACAACCCGAAACUGAUGUCCAAAACUGAAGCUGACACUAACAGUGAAUCCCAUAUAUACUAGAGACCUCAUGUUCCAGACCCUUGCAGCCAAAACUGAGGAUCCCAAGGUCACUCAGGGAAGGACCAUGGAGGCUGUCAUAACAGCCACCACUUACUGAAUACCACCCACUGUGCACAGUACUAAAUACAAAACUACCCAAACAACAAACCUCAAAGCACCCAGAAACCUAUUGGGACCUCAGACUACAUAGCUAGUCCAUGUCCCACAGACCCUGACUGUUCUGUUUGCAAUUCAGUAGGACCCUGCAGGACUCACCUGGAGCAGAGCUCCCCCCUGGGCCCCUAGGAUCUGAUUAUAUAUAUGUAUAUGUAUAUGUAUAUGUAUAUGUAUAUGUAUAUGUAUAUAUAUACAUACAUACAUACACAUAUAUAUAUAUCAGGCAGCCUAGGAGCCCCAUGGGUCUCCUCAGGAGCAAAUGAAACCCAGGCAUCCUUUCACACUAUCUUUCUAGCCUAGUUCUGAGUGAACACACCUCCCCACACUGAGGCCAGUUAGAGCUUGCUCUACUCCUGCUCUGGGCCUUUAUGCUAAGGAAGCUCCCAGUGUUUCACCAUUUCCAGGAGGUAACUGAGGCACACUGGUUGUUCCUAGUUUUGUGACAGCAGGUGUUAGAAGCAAAGCCUGGAUUCAGAUUUAGAUAGCUGGUGACAGGCACCUACUCCAAACCAUGGCCAGGGCAGGAAGUAGAGGUACGGCCAGAAUCAGACCUCUGUCCACACAAUUUCCUCUCGUUUGAUGGCUCUGAGCCUACAGUGGUGUCGUGAUCCAUAACUCAGUUCACAUGGUGCUGGGCUCCUCUCAGAGGUGCAGAAGCCACAUGCCAAUGCUCCUCCUCAGGAACUUUGGAAAGUAUGAAUCGUUUCCCUGCAGGUGAAAUCAUCCACACCAAAGGCAGCAGGGUUUCUUGUCUCUUGAGGAGGGCUACUUGGAAUGAUAGGAUGCAGGGGGCAAGGGAGGGUGUAAAUUUAGGGAAGGAGAGUCAAGUGAUUCUGCUUCUGAAAAUCCCCUGGUUUCUUUACAUCAGCAUCUCCUGUGUGUGGUGAGUGGCAGAGAACUGCCUCUCCCCCCGGCAGGAGGCAGGCUGCUUUGCUCAUGGGUCUCACUUCUCUUCUUCCUCCCCCUGCAAAUGAUCACAGCUUGGAAACUUGUUUAAAGGAAGUGGUUGUUCUUGUGGCCCCCAGUCCUGGAGAUGAAGCACUUCUGGUUAAAAUGAUUCAACGAGAAACCACGCCCCCACGAAGGCUAUCUCACCCUGCCCUGGUCCUGGAGCUCUACUUGCCGAGUACUUCUACCCUGUUAGACUUGGCCCACCACAUGCUGCCCUUAGCCCAGGCAGCCAUGUGGCCGACCAUUCUGCUUGCCCUCUGCUGCCUGACUUCCGACACCCAUGGGGCACACUCCCCAGAUUUUUGUUCCAAAGAUUUAAACUCCAGUGUGAAACCAGGAUUUCCCAAACCAAUAAAGACCAAUAACCCAGGAGUGCUUAAGGCGGCCAGGCACAGUGUGGACAAGUUCAACAACUGCACGAAUGACAUCUUCCUGUUCAAGGAGUCCCGGGUCAACAAAGCCCUGGUCCAGGUGGUGAAGGGUCUGAAAUACAUGCUGGAGCUGGAAAUCGGCAGAACUACAUGCAGGAAGACCAUGCACCCCCAUCUGGACAACUGUGACUUCCAAACCAACCCUGCCUUGAAACGGACUCUGAACUGCUACUCUGAAGUCUGGGUCAUACCCUGGCUCCACAGCUUUGAAGUACCUGUUCUCCGCUGCCACUGACUUCUGCCUCUUCAGCAAUACCAGGGCUGUGCCCUCCUACUCCCUACUUUUCCACCCCAGCCUGGACAUCUUGAUCCUCGGGGCCUUCUUACCAGUGAGCAGGUGGAAAUGCCAGUGGGUCAUCAGGUGAUGAGAAUGGGAGAAUAUAGUGCCCUCCUGGCCAGAUUAACUGUAUUCACAUUGUCUUCUAAAAUUAAUUCUUCUGGUGCUGCACACCCAGAUUCAGGAAGUGGGCAUAGACAGAAUCCUUUGAUGGCAUUACUGGGGCAUGGGUAGAGCAAAGCAGGUAGAGUCAACAAGGUAGUAGUAGUGUGGAAGGCUUCCUGAUAACUGACUGAACAGACUUUGUAUCCAUCUCUUGUCUACUAUUAACAUCAGACCACUGUUGAUGAGAGUGGUUUAUCAUAAAUAAAAAACUGAUCAUCUCAAAGCAAUACUGUGUAUGUUACCCUUCAUAAGAACCCAGGAAUGUGGGCAGCCUGGUGAAUUUAGCCUCAGGAGGCUUCAUGAGGUGAUAAGCUAUAAGCACAAGUGCGCUGAAGACCUAAGCAACUGGCCCAGACCUUCUCAUCAACAGGGUAACAGCACCCAGAGAAUUAGAGAGGAAGCAUUUCUGAAGGAACAGGGCCUCCACCCAAGUUCUCUGCUGCCUUGAAGGCUAAUAGUUUGGGAGUGCUCAACACAGAGUAGGGUAAAGGAUGGGACCCCUCAAAGCCAUCCACUGGAGACAGAGCACAUAUGGAGCCUGGAUGAAGGGGCUGGGGUGGGGAUAGACAGGCUGUGUGGGGCCCUGGAAGAAGGAAGAGGCAACCAAGAGUUGCAGGGCACUGGAAACUUGGGAAAGACAGCAAUGGAGCUUGAGCAGGAAGAUGCACAGGGACAGAGCAGAGGGUAAACCCAGAAUGGGCAGGCAGCCGGGUCUCAGAGCCCUCAUUCUGAGGGAACCCAGAUUGAGUACUAAGGAGUACAAGGGUGGACUUCUCUCUGGGCUCUCCUCAAACUAUGAAUACAAAGCAGAAAGAUGCGGGCACCUGGAAGCAAUACAGACUUGAUAACAACUAAAUGUGCAUGGCAAUGUAACUGCUGUAACCCUCCCAACAGGACAGCACAGUGAUCUGCCUUGGCGUCCUUCAAAUUCCACCUUAUUUUUGUCCUGACUACCUCCAGGCUAUUUUAACUCAGAACAGUGAUAGCAGCGAUGCCACAAGACACGGACUUCACUUGGCAAUUUGUGGAGCCACUGAAGCCAAUUCUUGAGAAAGAUCCAUGACCCCACAUAUAACCAAACAGAGUCACAGGGUGCACAGCCAGCAUCCUCGGGAUGCAGCUGUGUGAUGUCCAUGAUAAAGCAGUAGGUGAAGGGUUCCCUAUCCUGGUUUUCCUAAGUAUCAAUGACAGCACAUCAAGGUCUGGUCUACCUGCUUCCCCUUAGCCAUCCAGAAUCCUGACAGAGCUCAACUCUGAUGUUCUAGAGCUUUCUCCAGCCAUGCCCUUGCCACACAUUCCUCACCAGAUACAUUGUGCCAGCUCCAUGACCAAAUACUUCAACUAUCUGCUUCUGCUGAGUUAGCAACCCAUGCAGGUGGCAAAGUGAGCUGACCUACAAUUACUGCUCCAAAACACAUCACUCUCACCCCUGCCCAUGGGAACUCCUCACACCACUGUUGGCCAGGCCACCAUACACACUCUAAGGCAUCUUGAGGGACUCUGCUAUACCACCAAGGUCCUGGCCCAAGCCCAUGACCUGAAAACUGCAGCAGCCACUGCCUCCAAAGCCUUGGGAAGGCCACUUACCUCCUGUCCAGCCUUACAGAACAUUCCUCAUUUACUAGAACAAGGACUCCAGCUCAGUCAUGUUCUGGCGGUGACACUGAGCAAUCACUAACCCUUGAGCCUCAGUUCUCAUCCAUACAAGGCCAUCCAUUCCUGCAUCGCUAAUUCAACAUAUGCCUGCACAUAUAGCUUUAGCUACUCAGGAGCUGAGAGAGAAGAGUGGCUUGAGCCCAUGAAUCCAAGACCAGCCUGCACAAUGUAGCAAGACCAUAUCUCAAAAAAACUGGUAAGACAAUAUAUGUGAAAAACUUCCAAAAUUAUACAUAACCACUCCGUAAGGAUAUGUUGACCAUAAAAAUCUCAAAAGGCAUUUCAUUGCAAUGUCAG